CAAUUGGAGGUUGAAAGCCAGCAUCUGCAUCAUCCACAGGUGGAACAUCUGAUCCAGGAGAGGGGCUGGGAGUUCAUGUGGAACGAACAUCUGGGCUACAUUCUCACUUGUCCCUCCAACCUGGGCACGGGGCUCAGGGCGGGCGUGCACGUGCGCCUUCCCAAACUCAGCAAGGAUCCCCGCUUCUCCAAGAUCUUGGACAACUUGCGUCUGCAGAAAAGGGGUACGGGUGGCGUGGACACGGCGGCCACAGGCGACACCUUUGACAUCUCCAACAAUGAUCGUCUGGGCAAGUCAGAGGUGGAGCUGGUGCAGGUGGUGGUGGAC